GAAGAAAUCAUUUUCGAAAAAUUCACAAGUAGGACAUUGUCUAGGUUACACAGGGAAACAAAUAUACGUAAUCAAAUAACAAAGUAUAUUUGUUAAACAUUGUUGCUUACUUUUCAACCUGAUCAAGCUAUAUGUAGUCACAAAAAUAGUGCCUCUUUAAAAGAUACAUGGAUCAAUUUGGAUACAGAAUUCAUGUGUGAUAGGUACCAACAAGACACACUGCAAUUUAACAUGAGUGCUGUAAACUCUGGAUCUGACACCGAGGAUUACUCUGGUGUAGAUGAGCCCACGCUGCUGGAAAAGUUCAGAAGGAUUCUCGAUCAGUACAGGAAUGAUGUACAGAUUAUUAAGGAGUUGGUACAAAAUGCUGACGAUGCCACAGCAACCAAACUGAAAAUACUCUAUGACGGGAGAAACAUUAACAAGGAAGAAACUGGUGAAAACCCAUAUCGGAAAUUUCUCAGGGGCCCAGCUUUGGCAUUCUUCAAUGACGCUAAAUUCUCGGAAAAAGAUUGGAAAGGAAUAAAGUCAAUUAAUAAAAGUAUCAAAAAAGACGCACCUCUAAAGAUUGGCCAGUUUGGGCUUGGAUUCAAAUCAAUUUUCCAUUUAACUGAUUAUCCGUGCAUAAUCAGCGGAGAUAGACUUUUAUUCCUAAAUCCACAAGAGAAGAAUGAGAACAAGAUAUGCACAACAGUAAAACUGAGGAAGAUAAGGAAAGGAAAGCAUCACGAGACAAGGGAUUAUCUUAAUGCCUUAGAUGGAAUAUUUGGCUUUUCCGAUGAGAGCUUUGACUCGGGGUUCAGUGAAGGAACUAUUUUCUGGUUUCCUCUUCGCCAAACGCCAUCAGGACUGUCUGAUAGUAUAUACACAGACUCACAAGUGUAUGAUCUUCUACAGUCUUUUCUGAAUGAAGCACACAGAAGUCUUAUUUUUCUUCAGACGUUAUGUGAUAUAGAAUUAUUUGUUAACCUUCCGCAAAUGGAUGAUAGAAUGAACGUGUUCAACACUGAACUUCUGAACAUGAAUUAUGGGAAGGACACACCGUGUUUUAAAACGCAAAUUGAUAAUAAAGAUAAAAACUUAGUACAUAUAAGGAAAGCUGUCUUGAAAGAACUUGAAGAAACGGCCGGUGAAAUACUAAAAACAUCAAAAGACUGGGUACACGACGUUGAAAUCACCAUAUAUACAAAAUGUAAAACAUCUGGUGAAAAGGUUGCCAAGUCCCGUUGGCUUGUUGUCAAUUAUUUAAAAGGUGGUGAAAUAUCGAAGGGAACAACAGACCUUAUGAAUAUUGACAAUUGUAAAAUCUCCCAUUUAGUUGGGUUUGCUGCCUCAAUCAACGAGCAGAAUGAUUAUACCAAUGCUGAUGGUCAUGUGUUUUGUUAUCAGCCUCUUCCGCAAGAAUACGAACACAUGACAGGGUUGCCGGUACAUGUAAACGGGUUUUUUGCUCUAAGUCAAGACAGAAGACAUAUCAGAUGGCCUGAUCAUGAAGAUACUGCUCACGGUGAGAGAAAAGUACAAUGGAAUAUUGCUCUAACCAAUGAAAUAAUGCCGGAUGGUUACUGCAGACUUUUCGAGGAAAUGAUCACUUUAUGUAAAUACGAAAACAAUCCAGUACAUAUGGUGAGUGCUGUUUAUCACACAUUUCCGGAUUUUCCCUGCGUUAAACAUCCUUGGAAAAACAUGGCUGAGAUGAGUUUGGCAAAAUCCACAGAUAUUGAGCUAGCUUUUACUAAUAACAGCGGUGGAAGGUGGAUUCGGCCAUUUGAAGCAGUCUUUGUAGAUCGUCGAAUCGACACAGGUUUAGAUGUGGAUUGUUUGAAUACAAUUAUAAAUCUUCUACUAAGGGACGAAGUAAAUGUAGUCGUCGUCUCAGAUCUUGUGCUGAAGGCAUUUGAAAGGACCUUUUCUGAUAUGAAAUAUCUCACUCCAUUGUUUCUGAAAACACACCUGUUAAACAAUCAUGUUUACAAGGUGCUGUCACCGUCUGAGAAGGAAGACAUUCUUCAGUUUGUUCUGCAAGAUUCGACGACUGACUGUCUCGACAAGUUGGAACUUCUACCUUUAGCGGAUGGGACCUUCACAGAUUUUUCCAGUACAGUCUUUUUAGAAGGCAAAGAUAUUAUAGAUCUUUUUCCUGGUCACAGCAAGAAAUUUAUUUCACCACACAUUAGAACAAUGACAAGAGAACAGCUGUGUAGCCUGUCAGAAAACUGUAAAGAUGUAACAUGUAUUCACACACUCUCUGAUGCUGCAACCGUUAGCUUGAUAGAAGACAUUUUGAGGAGCGACUUUAAUGUUAAAGAUCAAUAUAGGAAUUACAUUCGGACUGACGCAUUUACAAUUUACAAGUUUGAGGAAUGGCUGAAGACAGUAUGGACAUUAAUACAAAGCCGGUUUCGCAAGUCAAUCGGUAUGUUUAUUUGUCUACCAAUAUUUCCAGUAUACCAUGAAUUGAAAGGGACAUCUCAGUUGUCGGUGCAUUCUCUGAAAGUGCCAACGUUACAAGUUUCCUCACUUAUGAACAGAGAUGACAAAGAUCAUGUGUUUAUCUCCUUUCAACUCCUGUCAAUUGCUCAUUUUGACUCUAUCCCAAGAUGGAUAGACUCUGGCCUUAUUACUCAGUACAUACAUACAGAAACAAGUGACGGCCUUGUUGCUCUCUUGUCUAAAAUAGAUGAUGAAUCAAUACAGUAUUUCAAUCAAAAGACCUCGCCUGAAAUUAGCUCAGCCUUACUUAAAUACCUGUCAGAGGGUAUACAUUUUAAAGUAGGCGAGGAAUGUAAAAGAAAAGUGUAUUCAUUGAAACUUUUUACAGCAUAUUUGUCGGCGGAGGAAAAUGAGCUUGUUUGUCUGGAACAGCAAAAUGGAAUAUAUAACGGAAGACGUUUUCCUGUUAGAUUUCCAGAUAAAACAAUAGUGCUUUACUCAGUUACAGAAAUCGCAUUUGCAGAACGUAUUGAGGCAAACUUCAUAUCUGAAUAUGACCUUGUGAGCACUUCUCUGAAUAAAAUCAACGUUUACCCUUACACGGACCGAGAAAAACUCAUUAGAUGGAUAAUAAAAGAAGAAAAAUAUUUAGAAGAUGAGUUAAUUCGAAAUUGUAUUAUUAAAACAGAAUUUCUAGUGACAGAAGAUGGAAAGGUACACAUGCCACAGUGCUUGUUUGACCCGACAGACAAGAUUUUAGCAAACGUUUUUAAGAACCAGCAUAGCAUCGCUUUAGUUGAUGAUAAUAAUUUCCAGUAUAUAAGCGGGUUGAGAAGACUUGGAUUGAAAUCGAGGAAAGACCUGGGAAUAGAAGAUAUAGAACGGCAAUGUGAUGUUGUGCACGAAAUGGCAAUGGGGAAAACUGCAUUGAUCAAAGAGCAAUGUCAAUCAUUGCUUGUCAUCAUGAAUGAUAUGCCUGAUUUAAUAAACUUAGAAAGACUAAGCAAGAAAUGCUGCAUAUUUCUAGAGGACCUGAAUGAAUGCAAUCGCAAAUCUAACGUUCAGAUACCGAGCAAACUUAGGAAAAACCCAGUACAGAUAUGUUUGCCUAUGGAAAUUAAAUCUAUGGAAUUUUCCGCAUUGAUCAGUUCCGUGUCAUAUACGAUUGACUGUGAUUUAUGGCCGAAUUUAUCAAAAGUGUUUUGUUGGUCAGAGUCCCCAAAUGUAGAAGAUGUUGCCAAUCAACUUUUGAAUAUUGUUAAAAUAUACGAAAUUAAGUUGAAACCUGCCCUUCUUCCAAUCAUUACAAAUAUAUAUGAAUGGUUUGCACAGCAAGACCGACAUGAUAUAAAGUUGAUACUUGAGAGACUAUUUUCUUCAUUAGACAACACAUUUGUUUGGGUUGGAAACGGAUUCCGAGCACCAAAUCAAACAUACGUUGAGAGAAAUGAAAGUGACACAGACAUGCAGCCAUUUGCACAUCUUCUACCUGAUGAAGUCCAACACUUGUCAGAGUUUUUCAUUCAUAUUGGUUGUAGAAAAUGCUUCUCCUUUGAAAUGCUUGUAAGCACUCUGUACCAGAUAAAACAUGGUAUAGACAGAGGUACAAAGUACGAGGUAUCUUCUGAAAAGCAAAUGCUACGUAUUGUGGUUAAUAUACUGAAAAAAAUAAAGCAGGAGCAUUUAGAAGAGUUCCUUAUCAGCAAUAAAGAACUUUAUUUUCCAAUUGUUUGUUCAGAAGAGAAGAGCAUUGAGCUGAAGCCAACAAAUGAAUGCACAUUUUGUGAUGCAGAAUGGCUAAGACACGUUGAAUUAAAGAAAGUCAGUGGUAUAUAUUAUGUUCAUCCGGAUGUUCCGAUAUCAACAGCAGAAGCACUGGGCGUUCCCCCAUUAACGAGACAAAUGUUGUCAGACGCAGAAGCCUUUGAGGAAUGGGGACAAGAAGAACCUCUGACGAGACGGUUACGAACUCUACUGAAAGAUGGCUACGUCGAUGGUUUCUCGAUAGUGAAAGAAUUAUUCCAAAACGCGGACGAUGCAAGAGCAAACAAGUUAUGGAUAAUGUAUGACGAGAGAGAAAACAACGACGCAAGAUCUAACUUGCUCAGUGAAAAAUUGGCAGAAUUACAAGGCCCAGCAAUAUGGAUAUACAAUGAGGCGAAAUUCAAUUCUGAUGAUUUAAAUAACAUAAGAAAGUUGUAUGGGGAAACGAAAAAAGAAGAUGCUACAAAAAUUGGAAAAUUUGGACUAGGGUUUUGUGCUGUUUAUAAUGUGACGGAUGUCCCUAGUUUUGUUACUGGGUCUCACUUUGUAAUAUUUGAUCCCCAUACCACAUUUUUAGGGAAAGCAUUGGAAGGGAAAAGGCCAGGUUUGAAGAUUAAUUUGAACGGCAAUUUGAUUGAUCUGUUCAGAAAUCAGUUUAAACCUUUCGAAAGUGUAUUUGGCUGCAAAUUAACGAAUUGCACGCCAUACUUUGACGGAACGUUGUUUCGAUUGCCUCUCCGGAACCGAGCAAGUGAUAUAAGUGAUACGGUUUACACAUCCUCUCAGGUGAAGGAAUUGUUCGCGAAAAUAAUGAGUUUGUCUGCUAAUAUGCUAAUAUUUAAUCAGCACAUCCACGAAAUCAAAAUAUUUCAUACUCCAAAGUCGGAAAAUGAUCCCGCGAAGAGUAGACUGCUUUUCAAAUUAUCUAAGAAAACAAUAAGCCUUACCCGAAACUUUCAUUCCACAGAAUCUAUAGUAUCUGAGGUUGCAAAGAGGAAGGAAGAAAACUCUCUAAGAGGUAAUCCUUUGAUGUCAUUAGAGAAGAUCGAAAUAACUGGAGAAAGGCAUUAUGAUGGACAUUUCAAACAAUAUAGACGAAAAAACUUGAUAACUGGUACAUGGUUAGUAAGCUGGUCAACAGGUACAAAUGACAAUUUUUUUACGCUCUCGUACAAGGAAAAGGGUGCUCUCCCUAUUGGUGCAGUUGCUGUACCUAUCAAAUUUAGAAAAGGAAAUAGAGAAUUAGAAUUUUUGUCCCUUAAAGAUGUGGAGAGAAAUUUCUAUAAAUCUGGGCAUUUAUUCUUUUUCUUGCCUUUGCCGAUAGAACACAGAUUUCCUUUCCAUAUCAAUGGUCAGUUUUCUAUUACUAGUGACAGAAGACAAGUAAGAACAAGUAAUGAGGACGAUAUUAACGUGCAGAUGAAAAACUGGAAUGAAAACCUUUUAAAGGAUCCAGUUACACAGUCACUCCUUUGUUUGCUUGAAAACGUUAAUCAUGCCGGAAAAGUUGUCAACUAUAAUUGUUAUCAACUUUGGCCUAGAGACGAAACGGCAGCGCUUUUACGAUGUUUCACGCAAUCAUUUUAUGAAAAAGUAGUUUUGAGUAACGCAUUUAAAGUAUUUGAAAAAAAUGGUCAGUGGUUUGACAUUUCUGAAUGUGUCUUUAUUGAUAGCAGAUUACGUUCAUCUGACGUGGGUAAGAUUAUAUUUGAGUUUUUAUCUCUGCUGACUAUUAACGUGGUCGAUGUUCCAGAGGAUGUUUAUCAAAUGCUUCUUAAAGCAGGCGAGAAGCUGAUGCAAUCAAAAUCAGUCUCUGAAAAUGCCUUUUUUCUCAAUUAUUUCCUACCAAAUCUUGAACAGUUUGGGAAAGACCUUGCAAUGACAGAAAAAAGAAACAAACUUCUUUGUCACGCCAUUCAGCUUCGUGAAGGAUCCAUAAAUGAAUGGGUUAUGAAGAACCCUUGUAUACCUUCGCGCCCACAUAGCAUUCUCAAGAGUCCGACUGCUAUGAUUGACUCGCGAAGUCAACUUGCUGUGAUGUUCGAAGAGGCAGAUAAUAUGUUUCCAGAGAAAAUAUUUGAAGAAGAAAUAAUUAGGGCACAUUUACAUGAACUGGGUUUGAUGAAUGAUGUGUUGACAGACGAUGUACUUUUAGAUAGAGCCAAGUCCAUAAAAGAAAAGCAAAAACAGUGCGACUAUUGUGCUUUUGAAAGGUCAGGCCAUAUAUUGUUAUACAUGAAUGACAAAAGGGAACAACAUGGCGAUAUAAUUCAGGAACUUCAACAGAUAGAGUUUAUCCCUAUAAAGUCGAAGUCAGAAUGUUGGCCAUUUAAAUGGUAUGCAGAUGUCACAGACCGUUCAGGAAAACAUAAAAUGUGUUUAAUACAUAAAUACCGUAAACAACAUUCUCAACACAGUCAAUUUAUUCGCGCAUCAGAUAUGUAUCAUAAUGACUGCCGAAACCUUGUUGGGACUUUGCAGUUCGUUUUUGCAGAGGAUGUAUGCUAUUGUACAAGUGGAAUGCGAAAAUACGACGCAAAAGAGUUGAAGGCAAUGCUGAAGAAAAUUGGAAUGAAAGGUUUACCCAGAAAAGAUGUUGAUUUUGAAAUUGUUUCUCAACAACUUCAGCUAAUUUUGGCAGACUGGAAUGAUCGCACAGACAACACUGGUAGUCAAGAAGUGAAGAACAUUGUGGUCGACAUAUACAAACAUUUGAAUUUACUAUGCAAAAAUGAAACUGUAUCAAACAAAAUUAGGACAAUGUUUGGCAGCCGAAAAGUUGUAUGGAUAUCAAACACUUUCGUUUCACCAAAAAAUGUAGCUACGACCAGAAACCAAAUGGAUUGCACACCUUACCUGUUCAAAUUAAGUGCGUCUCCAUUAAAUGGAUUUAAACCAUUAUGCAAAUGUUUAGGAAUAACCGAAUACUUUGAACCUAACUAUGUUGCAAUGACCUUACGAAACAUCCACACAGGUAAGGGUAACACUCGCCUUACAGGAACCGAAAUUCGCACUGUUAUAAACAUUCUACAUUGCUUAAAUGAGAGCAUGCAAGUUAAAAAGAAAGGAGAUAUUAACUACACAUUUGAUGAUAAACCUCAAACGAUUUACGGCCCGGAUGACGAAGGCAUUUUAAGAGACAUGAAACAAAUGUGUUUCAAUGAUUUUCUUCCUAUGGUGAAAAGUACGUCUAUGAUUUAUUCUCAUGAUCUUAUACCAAAGGCAUUAGCGGAAGCAUUUGGAGUAAAGCCAAAGAAACUUCAUUAUUUAGAAGAGGAUUCCGAAGAUAUAGAAGAUUUCUGUCAAGAAGAGCCGUUAGUUGUAAGGCUCAGCAGACUUGUUGAAAAUUAUCCCUGCGAUAAUGGAAUAUUUAAAGAACUUAUACAAAACGCAGACGAUGCACAAGCGACAGAAAUUCACUUUCUGAAAGACUAUGUUACUCAUCCUGUUACGAAUAUACUGGACAAAACUUUUGCACCAUUACAAGGUCCUGCAUUGUGCGUGUUCAAUAACAGCGCAUUCACAAAAGAAGACUUGAGUGGCAUAAAAAGAUUAGGAGUAGGUAGCAAGUCUGAUGACCCAUUAAAGGCAGGAAGGUAUGGUGUAGGAUUUAAUGCGGUUUAUAACAUGACAGAUGCACCAUCACUUUAUACAAAAGGACCGGAAAUUGAAAAUGGAGACACGCUUUGCUUCUUUGACCCUUUAGCAAAAUUUGUUCCAAACGUAAUCAGAAAGAAACCAGGAAAACGCUACAAGCGGGUUGACAAAGUUCGACAGUAUCAAUCCGAUGUGAUGAAAGGCUACCAUGAAGACUUUUUCAUGAAGAAAAAUAAAACUGUCGGAACGGUAUUUCGGCUGCCAUUACGUACAAGUGAUAUGGCAAAAUCUUCAGAUAUUAAGCAGAAAUCUAUUGAUAUGAAAACAGUUUCGGAAAUGUUAGAUUCGCUCUGCAAGGACCUGAAAGACGUAUUAUUAUUUUUGAAGAAUCUGAAAACCAUCAGGGUGUCGUCUUAUGAACAGUAUGGAUAUGUUGAAGAUUAUGUUAUAGAUGUUCAAAUGACAGAAACUGACGCGAUUGAACAAAAGAAAUUUGUUGCACAUCAGACGGAAUUAUGCAGAGAUUUAAAAACCACACGAGAGAAGGUUUUUCAGUUAAAGCAAGUUCAUGCUGUGUAUGAACUGCAGGUAAAAGAAACGAUACAAAGGAAAGAAGAAAAACAUACGACGGUACACAACAAAGAAAAGACAUAUAUGAUGGUACAAAAGAAAGAAGAGAAACAUAGGAUGUUACAAGGAAAUGUCGGGAAACAUACGACGGUGCAAAAGAAAGAAGAGAAACACACGAAAUAUAUUGUUGUUCAAGCAAUUGGAUUUAAACAAGUUGGUAAAAUACCAUAUCUAGUACAUAAAGAAUAUCUAAAAGGUAAAAUCGGCCUUUUACCUCAUGGUGGUGUUGCUUUAUGUAUAGAAAAUACAAGCAAGUCAUACGGACACAUCAAUGCAGAUAACACUAAAAACAAAGCGUUUUGUUUUCUACCACUUCCUGUUGAUACAGGACUACCUGUCAAUGUUCAUGGGUACUUUUCACUUGAUCACGAAACAAGAAGAGGGCUUUGGAAAUCGGAACAUGAAAGCAAGUGCUACAGAACAUUAUGGAAUUUAACUCUUAUUGAACAGGUUAUCGCUCCUGCCUAUGUAUUUCUGUUAGAGUACACAAAGAAACAAAUGUUCCAAGAAGUAAUGAGUGGUGAAUUACUGUUAUCCACUGUUACAAAGAUUCUUGAAAACUUCCAGACUUUAUUCCCAGUGAUAGAGAGCACAUAUGAUUAUUACUGGAAACACCUAUUGAAAUGCGUUUACCAGAGUCUAGUUUCAGAAUAUAUUCCAUUCCUUCCAGUCUUGGAAACUACGAAACAAAAAUAUCUAUUCAGUACUAGGCAUUAUAGAACAACUAUAUUGUCAUGGACACCUCUAAAGCCAGACGGUUUUACGUUUCCAGCCUAUGUCAAUCCAGAAAGUACAACUGAUGAAAAAAGCAAAUGGGGUUCCGAUUUUAAUAACAUGUUACGAGCUAUAGGAAUUCGAAUUACAACUGUUCCAAAAACUAUGAUGGAGUCGAUGGCGUAUUCUAAAGUUAGCAUCAACCCACUAGAAGUGAAACAUGUAGUUGAUUUCCUUUGUUCAAUCAUGUCAUCGUCGUUAGACAAAUGUAAAAUAGAAACGAACAAACAUGUCUCAGAGACUGUUUUUAAGUCGGAGGAUACACUUUACUCAAUUGCAAAUUACUGCCUCGAAGAUGUUAAUUAUUUUAUUUCAAACUGUAGACAACUUCCACUUAUGAUGACACAAGACAGCAUUGUCCACACACUACAAGAAUUGGAGCAAGGUUUUAUGUUUGUGGAUGAAAGUGGGCUUGGUUCAACUUUAUUUCCACACAAUCAAUCAAUGUUUUUGCAUGUGAUAAUGUCACGUUUGAUCAAACAUCAAGUUGACGGUUAUGAAUCAAAAACUGAAAACAGAUUAAAACAGUUCACGCUUCAACAGUUUGUUAACUUAGUAAGUGAAACAAGCCAGCUAAGACCAGACUAUGCCGCAGUAACACCGUGGGACCAAAAAGAACCAUCAGCAUUUUGGAUAAAAACAUUUUGGAAUUUUUUUAGACAUUUUCUUCCCUUGACUGGUUUUCCUGAAAAAGAAGUUAUGACGGGCUAUUUACAGAUGGUGCAGAUGUUACCUCUAAUACCUGCAAUUGAAAAGGCUGAAACAAAGAAGUAUCUUGUUAAACCAGUAGCCAGGAAAUUGUUAAUCGAUAUGGAAAGUUUCGCUAACAAUGAAUGUUUAUACAAGGCUCUUAAAGGCCUUAAGUUGCUGGAGAUUGAUAUGGACGCCUUACAAGGAAAAAUACCAGAUAGUGUUCAUCCUGUUUACACAUGUCUUUUAAAUGAAAUACCAAAUUUUAGUAAUGCAGAAGACAUUGUCCACUGCUUACAUCUAAAUUUGAAGAGACUUUCGGACUCUAAUAUCGCACCAGUACAGGCUAUCCACAUCUGUCAAUAUUUUAAUGGAUAUUUACCAGAAACGACAAUGGAAAUCCGAAGAGAAAUGUUAAGUGAAUUACCUAUAUUUGUGACUCACUUUAAUCGGUGUAGUAGCAUCAAAAGGUAUACCAAAGUGUAUGUUGCUCCGCUUGAUAUGCCAGCUGAUGGACUUGAAGAGGUGGCCACAGAUGCAAACAUUCUAAUGCUUCAAAAUAUCGGAACACAAAUCUUAUUUCAGAAGUUGAACAUCCUCAGAUAUGGAAUUAAAGAAUCAUAUGCUAACGUCAUUAUACCAAACAAAGACAGGAUGAGGCGUGCCUCUUUCUAUAAACAUCUCGAGUUUUUAGCGGAUAUCAUCAAAUCUGAAUCAGAUGAAAUGGUUCCUUUAAUAACGAUGCUGAUGAAUACCCAUUUAAUUGAUACAGAGGAAGGAUAUCCUAGAGCUGUAAAAGAUCUGUAUUAUCUGUGUCAACAAAAACGUGCUGGACAGUUUCGAAUAUUCUUCCAAAGAAUGCUGACCCAACUCAACAACAUAGAUCUGAUCAGAACAAAAUUAUUGAGAAGUUGA